ACGGCGGGGCUGUGGAGAGAGGGUCGGGUAGUGGACGCCAGUGGACAGUUGACAUCCGUGGCGGCGUGAGGGGGAGGUCGAUGAUGCCCGCGGUGAUCAGGGGGGAUGGGAUGCGAGGCUUGGCCAUCUUUAUAUCGGACAUCAGGAACUGUAAAAGUAAAGAAGCAGAAAUAAAGAGGAUCAACAAGGAACUGGCAAACAUCCGCUCCAAAUUUAAUGGUGACAAGGCUUUGGAUGGCUACAGUAAGAAAAAAUACAUUUGCAAACUACUUUUCAUCUUCCUUCUUGGCCACGACGUUGACUUUGGUCACAUGGAGGCAAUCAAUCUGCUCAGUUCCAAUAAAUACACAGAGAAACAAAUUGGUUAUCUUUUCAUCUCGAUCUUAAUGAAUUCAAACAGUGAGUUGAUGCGUUUAAUAAACAAUGCUCUGAAGAAUGACCUCGCCAGCCACAACCAUGUCUUCAUGGGUCUGGCCCUGCAUUGCAUUGCGAAUGUUGGAAGCCAGGAAAUGGCAGAAGCGUUUGUUAGUGAGAUUCCAAAAAUACUUGUUGCUGGGGAUACUAUGGAAUCUGCAAAGCAAAGUGCUGCCCUAUGUCUGCUGCGAUUGUACAGGACAUCUCCUGAUCUAGUACCCAUGGGGGAAUGGACUAUGCGCGUGGUUCAUCUUCUGAAUGACCAGCAUCUGGGUGUUGUAACUGCUGCUACAAGUCUGAUCACUGCACUUGCACAAAAGAACCCUGAAGAGUUUAAAAUGUCUGUUUCCUUGGCCGUUUCAAGGUUGAGUCGGAUUAUUUCAUCUGCAUCAUCUGACCUCCAGGAUUACACUUAUUACUUCAUCCCUGCUCCAUGGCUUUCUGUGAAGCUGCUUCGACUGUUGCAGUGCUAUCCUCCUCCAGAGGACCGUGCUAUCCAAGAACGUCUGACCGAAUGCCUUGAGACCAUCAUGAACAAGGUUCAGGAGCCACCCAAAUCAAGGAAGGUGCAGUAUUCAAAUGCCAAGAAUGCUGUAUUGUUUGAGGCUAUUAACCUCAUCAUUCACUAUGAUAGUGAACCCAACCUACUUGUCCGUGCCUGUAAUCAGCUGGGGCAGUUCCUGCAGCAUCGCGAGACCAACCUGCGAUACCUGGCACUGGAGAGCAUGUGGCUGCUGGCCAGCUCCGAAUUCUCCCGUGAAGCGGUGAAGAUGCACAUCGGAACCGUCAUUAUUGCUCUCAAGACCGAGAGGGAUGUAAGUGUGCGACAGAGGGCAAUGGACCUGUUAUAUGGCAUGUGUGACCGGAGCAAUGCCCAGCAAAUAGUGUCAGAAAUGCUGCAAUACUUGGAAAAUGCCGAUUAUUCUAUCCGAGAAGAAAUUGUACUUAAAGUAGCAAUCUUAGCGGAAAAAUAUGCUAUGGACUACACUUGGUAUGUCGACACUAUCUUGAACCUGAUUAGAAUUGCUGGAGAUUACGUGAGUGAGGAGGUUUGGCAUCGAGUCAUUCAGAUCAUCAUCAAUCGCGAUGACGUGCAGGGUUAUGCAGCCAAGACAGUGUUUGAGGCCCUGCAAGCCUCUGCCUGCCACGAGAAUCUUGUGAAAGUGGGUGGAUAUAUCCUGGGAGAGUUUGGUAAUCUUAUUGCUGGUGAUCCAAGAUCCAGCCCCUUAGUACAGUUCGGCCUGCUUCACUCUAAGUUUCACCUGUGCAGUGUGGCCACGCGAGCUCUUCUGCUUUCUACUUACAUUAAGUUUGUGAACCUGUUUCCGGAGAUUAAGUGUACCAUUCAAGAUGUGCUUCGCAGUGACACCCAGCUGAGGAAUGCAGAUGUAGAACUGCAGCAACGGGCUGUUGAGUACCUGAGACUCAGUUCCAUAGCAAGCACUCCCAUUCUGGCAACUGUAUUGGAGGAGAUGCCACCAUUCCCUGAGAGGGAAUCUUCAAUACUUGCCAAGCUGAAAAAGAAGAAGGAAUCCGGCCCCCUAACUGACCACGAGGAUGCAAAAAAGGAGCCUACUUCUGAUGUCAAUGGCGGUCCUGAAGUCAAUGUGGCAAAUAAGGGCCUGAACAACCCCCAACCUCGAUCUCAUGAGCUUCUGACUCUGCAGUUGGCUGCAAUGAACAGACCUCGCCCCAGCUCUCACAGGAACACCCCUCACUCACUAGCUCCAUCAUUUCUUUACCCAGGAGCACAAGCCUUUCAUUCCUCAUCAACUGAUCUUAUGGAUGUUAGAUCAGUUCAUUUUCUGAAUUCACGUCCCUCAAAUCAGUCUGCAGGUGAUUUAUUGGUGGACGUAUUCUCGGACAUAGAUGCUGGAGUCAUCUCUCAUGUGCCUAGGACUGAAGCCAAUUUUGUGAGGUUUGUUUGUAAAAAUAAUGGUGUCUUAUUUGAGAACCAACUUUUACAGAUUGGUCUGAGAUCUGAGUUUAGACAGAACUUGGGUCGAAUGUAUGUGUUUUAUGGAAACAAAACUUCUGAUCAGUUCAACAGCUUCACCUCAGAAGUCAUCUGCCCCGGAAACCUCUCUGCUCAAUUGAAUAUUCAAACCAAGCCUGUGGAUUCCAUGCUUGAAGGUAGCACCCAGGUUCAACAAGUGCUAAACAUCGAGUGCAUCUCCGACUUUGUCAAUGCACCAUUUCUCAAUGUUCAGUUCAGCAGAUAUGAUGGAGAUCUUCAAAAUAUCUCUGUCAAGCUUCCCAUUACAUUGAAUAAAUUUUUCCAGCCCACGGAGAUGUCAGCUGAAGACUUUUUCCGCCGUUGGAAACAGUUAAGCAGCUCACUGCAAGAAGUGCAGCAGAUAUUUCAAGCUAAGAGUCCAAUGGAUUCAGAGAUAACAAAAGCAAAGCUUGUGGGAUUUGGUGUGGCACUUCUGGAUGGAGUGGAUCCAAACAGCGCCAACUUUGUGGGGAGUGGAAUCAUUCAAACAAAAACCGUGCAAGUUGGAUGUUUACUUCGUCUGGAACCAAACUCUCAGGCACAGAUGUAUCGUCUCACAUUACGAACCAGUAAGGAAGAUGUAUCAAAGAGGCUAUGUGAACUACUAGCAGAACAGUUCUAAAUAUCUGACCCAUAAAAUCAUUCUGCACAUAUCUGGACUGUGACUUAUUGGAAUAUGUCAAGAUCUAAUGUAAAAGCGAAUUAUUUAAUGUUCAGUACUAAUGGUGAUGUUUCCAUUGUUUGCCUUGCAAUGCCAUGCCCUUCUGUUUCCAGAAUUUGUGAGCAUGAAGUAUGCAGGGUUGGCUAAUGAAGUCCAUUAUUGAAUGUUUGGCACUGCUGUGAUCUGUUUAUCUUUCCAGCUUUGCACUGCCCCAUUGUUGCCGAACUUGCACUUCACUUCGGAAACUCCGGUAGAGGGAAACUGGAUGCAACUGUGUUAUUCUCAGAGCCUUCCUUUUUCUCUUAAGCUGGCAACUGCAUAAUGCAGUCAGCAGUUUGCUGAAAAGAUGAGAUCAUUUACAAUUACUCUGAAUGUUCAGUCUGUUUAAGUUAAAAUAUUUAAAUUCUUCUGCUUAUUCAUCAUAAUGUGUGCAGGGAUGGAGGAGGGGACUGAGAAGGGAAAAUUUUUAAAAAACAGACCACUUCUUUGAGCAGAUCCUGUGCGAUGAUUACUCCACGUUCAAAAUGAAGCAGUCCAACAGCAGGAUAUCCGGCAGGCAGUCCAGCAUAUUUCAGAAGAAGGGUUCCGAACCGAAACGGUACCUAUCCUUUUUCUUCAGAGAUGCUGCCUGGUUACUCCAGCACUUUGUGGCUAUCUUUGGUAUUUUUGGACUUGUCUCUGGUUUGGAUCAGCUCAGCCUCAAUUAGUUGAUAUUAAUUUGAGUUCAAUGCAGAAGAUUGUGAUGCAGAUUAAGUUAGUACAUUGUCAACUAUGAACUAAAAUUGUUUAAUUUCUUAAAACAGCUUAAUUUCAUCCAGUGUUCAGGAAUAACAAAUGAAACGUCAUUAUCUCAAUUAGUCCCAAUUGCAACUGUAUGUGUCCAAUAUAAACGCUGCUGAUGUUGUAGAGUGUGACACACACAGUGGUGCCAUAAUAUAUCAUAAGGGGUUUUGUUCCAUAAGAGCACUGAAGGCUAAGAGGAGAUUUUAUUAAAGUUAUUUCAUAAAA